CCUCCGGCCGGGGAGCUGACCCAGCCGUCGGUGAGCGAGCUGUCCGGGGCCGUGCGGACCAACAUCCUGUGCACCGGGCGCGGCUGCGGCAAAAUCCUGCCCAACAGCCCGGCGCUCAACAUGCACCUGGUCAAGAGCCACCGCCUGCAGGAUGGCAUAGUAAAUCCAACAAUAAGAAAAGAUUUGAAAACUGUACCGAAAUUCUACUGUUGUCCAGUUGAAGGAUGCCCUAGAGGCCCUGACAGACCAUUUUCUCAAUUUUCUCUCGUAAAACAGCACUUUAUGAAGAUGCAUGCUGAAAAGAAGCGUAAGUGCAGCAAUUCCUAUGGCACGGAGUGGGACUUGAAAAGGCAUGCCGAGGACUGCAGCAAGACCUUCCAGUGCCCGUGCGGCUGUCCCUACGCCAGCAGAACUGCGUUACAGUCCCACCUCUACCGCACUGGCCACGAGAUCCCGGCAGAGCACAGGGAUCCACCUAGUAAGAAAAGGAAAAUGGAGAGCUGCCUGCCCAGCCAGAAGUUGUCCAGUAAGCCCACCGAGUCCUUGAGCACCCAACCAGUUCCAAGACCAGACACUCAAGAACUGGAAACUUCAGAUGUAAAGCUGGUAGCUUCUUUUGAAGACUCUUGAACACCUCCGAGAUACCCCAAGUUGCUUUUACCCAAGCCCAAAGUGGCUCUGGUGAAACUUCCUGUGAUGCAGUUUUCUCCCAUGCCUGUCUUUGUGCCUACAGCCGACUCCUCGGCCCAGCCUGUGGUGUUGGGUGUCGAUCAUCAGGGUUCUGCCCCGGGUGCUGUGCACAUACUGCCCCUGUCAAUCGGAACCCUGAUCCUCGGCCUAGAUUCAGAGGCUGGCUGUCUUAAGGAAAGUCUCCCUCUUUCAAAAAUUGUAAGUCCUUUUGCUAUGGAGCCAGUUAGUACAGUUCAAGUGAACUUGGGGAAGAGCCUGUCUAAUCCUUUACAAGAACUAGGGAACACAUAUCAGAAGAACAGCAUUUCUUCAAUCAACGUACAGACAGAGCUGUCUUACGCCACGCAACACUUCAUACCUUCCACACAGUGGGCUGGGCCUGAUUCUUCUGUAUCGUCUUGUUCUCAAACAGAUUUGACGUUUGGUUCUCAAGUCUCCCUUCCCAUCAGUGUUCAUACGCAAACGUUUUUGCCCAGUUCUAAGGUGACCUCAUCCAUAGCUGCUCAGACUGAUGCGUUUAUAGAUGCCUGUUACCAGUCAGGUGGGAUCUCCAGAGAAACCCAGACCAGUGGAAUGCAAGGUCUGACAGAUGACCGAGUACAGAUGGACCAAGCUGUUGACAUUUUUGGGAGCAUCCAUUCAUCCUACGGUGUUUCUGCAGACAGCAUUAUAAGCAGCAGCUUAGUAGCGGAGACUGUCGCUCAUGAUUUGUUACCUCAGAACCACCCUAAGACUUUACAUCAUGAUCUUGAGAAAUCUGCAAUGAUUAUAAACUUCAGUGCACAGCACAGUAUGCUUCCUUCACAGAACAUGACAGAUAACCAGACCCAAACUAUAGAUUUAUUAAGCGAUUUAGAAAACAUCUUGUCAAGUAAUCUGCCCAGUCAGACACUGGACAAUCGCAGCCUUUUGUCUGACACAAAUACUGGACCUGACCUCCAGCUCCCAUCUGGCCCGACCCAGAAUCCCGCAAUCGAUUUUGAUACUGAAGAGUUUUUGUCCGCCUCAAAUAUCCAGACUCAAACUGAAGAGAGUGAGCUUAACACCAUGACCACCGAGGCUGUCUUGGAAUCACUGGACAUAGAGACUCAAAUGGACUUCUUCCUUGCAGACACAUCUGCUCAGUCCUAUAGUUGUAGGGGAAAUUCUAAUUUCUUAGGCCUUGAAAUGUUUGAUACGCAGACACAGACAGACUUAAACUUCUUUUUAGACAGUAGCCCCCACCUGCCUCUGGGAAAUAUUCUGAAACACUCCAGCUUUUCCAUGACUGAUUCAUCUGACACAGAGACCCAAACUGAAGGAAUCUCUGCUGCUAAAAACAUACCUGCUGUAGAGAGCAAAGUUCAUUUGAACAGUACAGAAACACAGACCAUGAAUUCUGGCUUCGAAACCCUAGGGAGCUUGUUCUUCACCAGCAACGAAACUCAAACAGCCAUGGAUGACUUUCUUCUGGCCGAUUUGGCCUGGAACACAAUGGAAUCUCAGUUCAGCUCUGUAGAAACCCAGACGUGUGCGGAACUACACACAGUCUCCAACUUCUAAAAAUGAAGUCUGAGCGUGCGACGGCAUUUACGAUUUCCUUCUGGGUUUGGAAAAUGGAGAGUAGGACAACAGUGUUAACACUACUGAAUGUAGUUACUGAUGCAUUUACUUCAAUUCUUGGAGGGUCUUUGCCUUUUGUACUUGUAAACAUGAAAUUUGUGUAUAAAUGUGAGUGUAUUAUAAAGUGUAAGAUGUUGAUCUAAAAA